CUUUGGAGCCUUCACGAACUGAUUCUAGACAACUUGAUCUUAAAGUUGGACUUUAUAUCUUCUUAAAGUGGGUUUGCAUGAAACUUUCCGCUUACUUCAUAUACUAGCUUUGCGCUACAACUUAGAGCCAAUAGAAAAUGUAGUGUUAAAAUUGGUUACGAAUUACGGCUACAUGGUCCACACCAGAGAAUAUUUGACGUUAUAAAGGCCAACUCUUCCGCUCUCCUUAUGCUCAAAGUAAGAGCUUCUACUCAAAACCAUUUGCUUCUUUCUGAUUAGAGAGAGAGACACACACAAUGGGUGCUAACGUUUCUUCUCCAGAGCAGAGAUUUCAGGUGACCAACUUCCGUUCAAGGAAGCCAUGGACACCUCAACCUGAGAUUUAUCCUUUCAAUGUCAACAGUCCUCGUAUUGUGGAGAUCAAGAACAUGAAUCAGUGGAAAUCUCGGCUCAACGCUCUUAAUGACACCAACAGGCUGCUGGUGAUUGAGUUUACAGCCAAAUGGUGUGGACCAUGUAAAUCCCUUGAACCAGAGCUUGAAGAGUUGGCAGCUAAGUACACCGAUGCUGAGUUUGUGAAGAUUGAUGUCGAUGUAUUAAUGAGCGUAUGGAUGGAGUACAACCUUAACACUUUGCCUGCGAUUGUAUUCAUGAAAAGAGGAAGAGAAGUAGACAGGGUUGUGGGUGUGAAGGUUGAUGAGGUAGAGAGGAAACUCCACAAAUAUACACAAUCCUUCUUCUAGAAAGGGAAGUUUUCAAUUACUUAACAUGCCAAACAAAACUCCUCAUCACCUUAUGCCAAGAAUAUAUAUAGUUGCUACUAUGUAUAAAUAAAUGUUUGAACGACGAUUCAACAAAAUUAAUAAAACGUGUUUGUGAUGUAAAGGAAUUGGAUGUUGGAUUUGCUAUGUACCAUAUAUAAAUUUAUGAUCAGUGAUUUGUAUGGAUUAUUAAUCUUUCUUUCAUUUUU